AUGGCGGAUAACAAAGGCGGGGAGGAGAUGGAUCCGUCCGCCAACUCGGACCCAGCGCCUCUUGUAAAGGAAAAUGAGCUGCUGCAAAUCAAAACAGAGGCUCCAGAAGAACCCACCACAAAUGAUCAGGACAAAAUGUGUACCGAGUCCGGUGAUAUGGCAGAACAGGCGCCUAACCCCGUGGGUGACGGAGGAGAGGGUAGUGGUGGAGGUGCUACUGCCGCGGGAACAGACACCGAGGAGACCGGGAAAGAGAACACGAGCAGGGCAGCUACUCCUAGGGCAGCUACUCCUGCCGAGACCCCUGCCUCUAACUCCGCAGGCACCGAUGUAGAGCCGGCGGCAGAGGAACCACCAUCCACCACCACCAUCGAACCCGUCCCAGGCUCCACGGAGCCCGCUGCUGCCGCCUCAGAAGCUCCAGCCGCUGGACAGAACAGUGAGAUGUCUGCUCCUGCUUCUGCUCCAGCUCCAGCGGCCACGCCGAUCCAUGUCCGGAUAAAUUUAUUGGAUACGUGUGCUGUGUGUAAACAAAGUCUGCAGAACCGAGACUGUGAGCCUAAACUUCUGCCCUGUCUGCACUCGUUCUGUCUCAAAUGUAUCCCGCAGCCCGACAGGCAGGUCAGCGUCCAGGUGCCUGGACCACACGGCCACACUGACACUCACAUUGUCAACGUCAUGCGCUGCUCCGUAUGCUACCAGGAUUACAAGCAACUCGACAUCAUUGACAACUAUUUUGUCAAAGACACCACUGAUUCCACCAGCUCAUCAGAUGAGAAGUCUGCGCAGGUUUGCACAAGUUGCGAGGACAAUGCAGGAACAAUAGGUUUCUGCGUGGAGUGUGGCGAGUGGCUGUGUAAAACUUGUGUCGAGGCGCACCAGAGGGUCAAAAUCACAAAAGAUCACACUAUCCGUACCAAAGAGGACGCCAACACAGAGUCUGUGGGGUCAUCAUCGUCAUCAGGACAGAGGCCUGUGUUCUGUCCCAUUCACAAACAGGAGCAUCUGAAGCUUUUCUGUGAGACCUGCGACACACUCACGUGUCGAGACUGUCAGCUGCUGGAGCACAAGGAGCACAGUUACCAGUUCCUACAGGAGGCCUUUAUAAACCAAAAGGGUGUGAUUGAAGCCACAAUGGCCAAGCUUCAAGAUAAGAAGACCCUGGUCCAUUACACUGUGUCUCAAGUGCAAAGCAGGCUUAAAGAGCUCAGUGAGACGCACAAGAAGGUGGAGCAUGAGAUCAAAAUUGCAGUAUUUACGUUGAUUAAUGAGAUCAAUAAGAAGGGGAAGUCCCUGCUCCAGCAGUUGGAGGGUGUGACCAAAGAGCGCAGCCUCCGUCUGGCAAGCAUACACAAGGACACCACUCAGCUGGCCCAACAGAUCAACCAUGUGUUGAACUUCUGUCACUGGGCCAUCUCCACAGGAAGCAGCACUGCUCUGCUCUACAGCAAGAGAUUGAUUCUGUACCAGCUACGUCAGCUCUUCAAAGCCAGAUUAGAGCCCCCUCCUCAGUCUAAUGGAGUUGUUCGUUUCUUCUGUGAUCCUACGUUCUGGGCAAAAAAUGUUGUGAAUCUUGGUAAUCUUGUAAUUGAGAAGCCGCCCCCAGUUUCACAGCCUCCAAACGUUGUGUUGGGUGGUGGUCCUCCUCUUCCUCCGGGGCACCCAGGCGGGCACCCAGCUGGGCACCCCGGAGGAUACCCAGGCAAACACCCAGGUCAACACCCAGGUCAACACCAAGGACAGAUCAACCUGGCCCAGCUCAGGCUGCAGCACAUGCAGCAGCAGCAGCAGCAGGCUGCCUUUGUCCAGAAACAUCAUCAGCAGCAACAUCAGCAGCAGCAGCAGCAGCAGCAACAACAACAACAACAGCAACAGCAGCAGCAGAUGCAGCAGCAGAUGAGACUGGCCUCACAGAUGUCCCAGCAGCACACCAGGCAGGGGGGGCCUGCUCUGGUACAACAGCCUCCCCGGCUCAUCAGUAUGCAGCAGCAUCCUCGAGGGCCUGGGGGCAUGAAUGGUGCUCCGGGGCCCCCCAUGUUCUCUGCUACCGCACACCAGAUGCGCCUGCCAGGGCCCUCCCAGGGCCGCAUGCCUGCAGCUCAGCCCAGACACAACGGACAGCCUUAUCCUUCAAUGAUGCAGGCACAGCUCCAGAGACAGCACUCGAACCCAGGCCAUGCGGGGCCCUUCCCUGUAGCCUCCCUCCACAACGCGAACCCCACCAGUCCAACCAGCGCCAGUAUGGCCGGAGCACACGCCCACCGCGGCCCCACCAGCCCCAUACUCGGACCCAUUGAGCUCAUCCCAUCUGUUACCAACCCGGAGAACCUUCCCUGUCUGCCCGAGAUCCCACCCAUCCAGCUCGAGGACGCAGGCUCCAGUAGCCUUGGGCAUCUCCUCACUCGGUACAUCCAAUACAGCACUCACCAAAUCCCGAUGGACAUGAACACAUCUCCUGGGUUGUCCACACACUCUCCAGGAUCAUCAGGAGUGUCCAACACUCACACGCCAGUGCGGCCUUCCAGCACCUCCAGCACGGGCAGCAGGGGCAGCUGCAGUUCUUCUGGGAGAACGGUCGGCGGUGCAGCGGUGGAGCAGGUUCGUGUGAAGCAGGAGCCUGGGACUGAAGAAAGCUUCACGUGUAACACUUCCGUAAAGACAGAAAUUGGGAAAAAUGGAAGGAGUGCAUGCAUGAUGAGCAGCAGUGAGAACAGCACUAAAGCUCCUUUGUCCUCUGUGGAGAGCCAUGAGGCUUUGAGGGGUCUGGACGAGCUCAUAAAGCAGGAGGCACAGUCCCAGUCCUGCGCCAGCUUCAAUGGCUCCUCCACGACGACCUCGACCUCCCCCGGCAGCACACUCUCCAACGGCACCACGGAGAAGAGGCCUCAGGGCGGGGCUUCAGCUGCCAAUCAGGGCUCGAAGGAGGAUGACCCAAACGAGGACUGGUGUGCCGUGUGCAACAACGGGGGAGACCUGCUCUGCUGCGACCGCUGUCCCAAAGUGUUCCACAUGCGAUGUCAUGUCCCCACCAUUAAAAUCAUCCCCAAGGGAGACUUCCUUUGUACAUACUGCCGCAAUCUAUCAAACCCAGAGAUCCAGUACUGUGACGAGAACCGCAAACAGAAGGGGGAACUGGCCCUCAGUCCUGUGGACCAAAGGAAAUGUGAACGUCUUCUGCUCUACAUCUUCUGUCAUGAGCUCAGCGUAGGCUUCAGGGAGCCAGUCUCCUCCUCAGUCCCCAAUUACUACAAGAUCAUAAAGCAGCCCAUGGACCUGAAGAAGGUGAAGAAAAAGCUACAGGUGCGGAGCUCUCACUAUUACCAGUCCGUGAUGGAGUUUGUGUCCGAGAUCAGGCUCAUAUUCAAGAACUGCGCCCUCUACAAUGAGAUGUCUCGAAUAAUCCAGGUUUAUGAUGAGAAGAAACAGAUUAAUAACAAGGUGGGAUCAGAAAUGGCCAUCUCUGGUAAAGCUGUGAGCCUGUUCUUUGAAGAGAAGUUACUAGAGAGCUUUGUUUCUGCUCCCGAGACUGAAAAGAUUAUGCCCACUGAAACCCUCAUAACACAUGUGGCGCCUGUGUGGACCACGGCGGGGAACUUCACCACAUUAUGUCCUAACGGGACAAAAUGGGUUUGGGACAUCAUUGGAGAGUGUGCUGACGAUGCUCGGGACAUGGCCAGCAUCUACCUCGGCCUGCUGUCUAUUCUGUGUUUCAUGGUGUCGUCGUUCCCCCAAUACUACCAGUCGUGUAAAACUGGGAACAUGGACAGUGCUCUGUCCAUUUGGUUCCUGCUCUUGUGGUUAGGAGGGGACUCCUGUAACCUGGUGGGCUCCUACUUGGCAGAUCAACUACCUCUUCAGACAUAUACUGCAGUUUACUAUGUUACCGCAGACCUUCUGAUGUUGGGCAUGUACUCCUACUAUAAAUUAAAAAACAAAGCAAACAAUGAGCGGGUCCUUGUACAUGUGGUUGCCAUGGCGUGUGUCAUCAGUUCUUCUGGGGCUGUCUUUAAUAUUCCUGCUCUGGACACUAAGCAGGAACUAGUCUCUGAGUUCAGAAGCCGUGCGCUGCUCUCAGUGUCCGACGACGCUCGUGUGCGGGCUUUUACAACAAAAGAAAUAAUUGGCUUCACUAUUGGCUCCGUGUCCUCGGUGCUGUACCUGUGCUCCAGACUUCCUCAAAUGUACACUAACUUUAAGAGAAAAUCAACAGAGGGAGUGUCCUACUUCCUGUUUGCUUUGGUAAUCCUCGGGAACACCUUGUAUGGGCUGAGUGUGCUCCUGAAGAACCCAGAGGGAGGUCAGGCUGAGAGCAGCUACAUGAUCCACCACCUGCCCUGGCUCGUCGGCAGCCUGGGCACACUCUCUUUAGACGUCAUUAUCUCCUUCCAGUUCUUCAUUUACCGUAAUCGUCCAGCAGUGGUCCAGCGGUCGGAUGAGGCCUCACCGCUCCUGGAAAGCUAA